AUGUCGGCAAACGGCGAAACCGUCCCCAAGGACGUAAGUGAAGUUACCGACACCGGCAAAGGCAAGGGGAAAGCGGUGGAACAACCUGCAAUGAUGGAAGAGGACGACCUUGACGACGAGGAAGAGGAAGAAGAGGAAGAGACAGAGCAACUCGAAGCUGAAGCCGAGGAAGAAGACGAUGAGAUGGAAGCAAUCGAGCUGGAGAACAUUGUCGAAACCCGGACCCGUCGCAAGCAGAUCAACUGGGCCGAAGCCGAGCAGAAAUCCAAGGACGCCGGUGACGAUUUGGACGAUGACGAUGACGACGACGACGAAGACUUCGAGGCCCCCGAAGACGAGGACGAGGACAUGAAAGGUUGA